ACGACGUUACGCGUCCCCGCAGCGUCAUGCAAAUGGAGAAGCGCCGUUCCGGGAGCGUAAAGACUGUAUGUGAAAUUUAGGUACAAGUAUGUCGAGAAGGACUUGCCUUACUUCAGCAGGACGUUCCUUCUUUGGGGGAAGGGCCACCUCCCUGGGGAGCAGCCCCAACAUCAGCUCCUCCUUGGACUCAAUGGGCUCUGGAGAUCACAAAGUCAUGCACCUCCAGCAGCUGCAGCACCAGGGGGCUUCUUCCCUGCUGCUGAGACAGGUCAUGAGGGCUGGGGUCAGAGGAGAGGGGCCUCCCCUUGUGGAGCAGUUGAAGGACCUGCAAAGGGAGAAUGAUUUGCUGAGGAGGGAGCUAGAUGUGAAAGACAGCAAACUGGGCUCCUCAGUCAACAGCAUCAAGAGUUUCUGGAGUCCUGAACUGAAGAAGGAACGAGGGAUGAGGAAAGAGGAGUUGGCCAAGUUGUCCAUACUGAAGGAGAAGAUGAAAAUAAUGGAUGAGGAGAAUAAGCACCUCCAGAUGACCAUCCAAGCUUUACAGGAGGAGCUCCACACGCAGAGGGACUUGAAUGAGCUCCUGCAGAAGGAGAACCAUGCAGGCCAACCAGGCUGCACUUCGAACCACUUCCCUGUGCUGGAGCUCACCGAGGACAACUUCCAACACCUGCAGGCUGAGCAUGAACGGCAGGCGAAGGAGCUCUCCCUUCUGAGAAAGACUCUGGAGGACAUGGAACGCCGCAUAAAUACCCAGAAGCAGACGGUCAGCGUCCGGGAUGAGUCUAUCAAGAGGCUGCUAGAGAUGCUUCAGAACAAGGGACUCACCAUGUCCAAACUGCUUGAUGAAGAGGGUCUAAGGGUUAAACAAGAGACUGAAGAGCGGCUAGGUCAUCCUAAGGAACUGUACCAGAGCAGCCAACAGAUAGACCCUGCCAAGACCAAGGCCUUGCAGACUACCAUUGACAUGAAGGGCAUAUCACCUGAUGCUAUUUGGCAGGACUCCAAAAUUGCCUCACUGGAGAGGAACAUCCGUGACCUGGAGGAUGAGAUCCAGAUGCUGAGGUCCAAUGGCCUCAUGAAUGCAGAUGACAAAGAUAAGGAGCUCAAACAGAUGGAAGUCUGCAAGAGCCACUCCGGGUUGUUGAAGAACAAGGAUAUGCCUCUGCCUCAUUUCUCUUUGGCAUCUCCACGAGUGAAUAGUCGCUUGUAUGACCAAACUUAUAUGCUCCCUCAGCAACACAAGAUGGAUCAGCUGAAACAGGAAUUAUCAAAAAAAGAAUCAGAAAUGUUGGCCCUACAGACUAAGCUAGAAACCAUGGCCAACCAGAAUUCUGAUUGCAAGCAACACAUUGAAGUCCUCAAAGAGUCCCUUUCAGCAAAGGAGCAAAGAGCCAGUAUCCUACAGUCAGAGGUUGAUGCCCUGCGCCUGCGCCUGGAGGAGAGGGAAACCUUCCUGAACAAGAAGAUCAAACAGCUGCAGGACAUAACUGACGAGAAGAGCACAAUGAGCGGAGAGAUGCACGACCUGAAGGAUAUGCUGGACGUUAAAGAGUGCAAGAUCAGUGUCCUGCAAAAGAAGAUUGAAAACCUACAGGAGCAAGUGAAGGAUAAGGAGAAGCAAAUGGAAAGUUUGAAGGAUAGGGUGACGUCUCUACAAAGUGACUCCAGCAACACAGAUGCAGCUUUCGCCACUCUUGAGGAGGCUCUUGUUGAGAAGGAUAAGGUGAUGGAGCAGCUGAAAGAACAGAGACAGAGAGAGAUGCAGGAGAUGCAGAUGGAAAUAGAGAUGUGUAAGACAGAGAAUAAGUUGCUGAAGGAGAAGAUUGCAUCUUUACAGUCUCAGCUCUUGGAAAAAGAGUCCUCUGUACUGGAACUCAGAGAGCGAAUCUCAUCUCUGACCUCCUCUGGCCUGCAGAAAGACACCAGGCUGCGAGCUCUGGAGAGUAGCCUGGAGCGGAGGGUGGAGGAGUGCAGCCGGCUGGAAAGCCAGCUGCAGAAGAAGGCCCUUGAAUCUGAAGAAGUGACUCGAAUGAACGUGGAGCUCUUAGAGAAGGUGAAAAGUUUAGAGAAAGAAGUGGCCCUCCAGAAAGACGAAUCCACGUCUAAGGCAGAGAUGGAACAGCUUCAGAGUGUCCACAAAGAGGUGGAGUCAGAGCAAACAAAGGAAAAGAUCCCUGAGCUGGAGAGGCAAGAAAAUCCCACCCCAUUAGCAGAAAUUAAACCAACUGAUGCAUUGCCACAGCCUCCCAUUAACCAGGUACCGGCUGACCAGAUACCAGUGCAGGUGCAGGCCGAGCAGGUACCAGUGCAGGUUCCAGCCGAGCAGGUACCAGUGCAGGUGCCAGCCGAGCAGGUACCAGUGCAGGUGCCAGCCGAGCAGGUACCAGUGCAGGUGCCAGCCGAGCAGGUACCAGUGCAGGUGCCAGCCGAGCAGGUACCAGUGCAAGUGCCAGCCGAGCAGAUGCAGGUGCCGGCCGAGCAAGUACCGGUGCCAGCUGAGCAGGUACCGGUGCAGGCCGAGCAGGUACUGGUGCAGGCCGAGCAGGUACCGGUGCAGGCUGAGCAGGUACCGGUGCAGGUGCAGGCCGAGCAGGUACCGGUGCAGGCCAAGCAGGUACCGGUGCAGGCCGAGCAGGUACCGGUGCAGGCGGCUGAGCAGGUACCGGUGCAGGUGCAGGCCGAGCAGGUACCGGUGCAGGCCAAGCAGGUACCGGUGCAGGCCGAGCAGGUACCGGUUCAGGCCGAGCAGGUACCAGUCCAGGUACCAGCUGAGGAGGUACCAGCAGAGCAGGUACCAGUGCAGGUGCCGGCCGAGCAGGUACUGAUGCUGGCUAAACAGGUACCGGUGCAGGCCGAGCCGGUACUGGUGCAGGCUGAGCAGGUACUGAUGCAGGUGCCGGCCGAGCAGGUACCGGCGCAGGUGCUGGCCAAGCAGCCGAAGUAUGUCCUUCAAGAGAGUACGACAACAUCAGCUCCCAUCAAGGCCACAGCUGUGCAGCAGGAGAAGGCGGCCACUGUAGCACUGACGCAGCGGGAGGAGCUUAUGUCAGCCUCGGAGAAGGCGCGCCAGGAGCUGGAUGUUACUAAGCAGCGGCUGUUCCUGGCACAGAGUUCCCUUGCUGACAGGGAAAACCAGCUCACCUGCAUGAAGCAGGAGCAGAAAAAGCAGCUGGAGGAGAUUCAAGAGUUAAAGUAA